CUGUUGCGCCAGACUUGACGACACACUCACUCAUAAGUCAGACUUUUUAGCUGCAGCCCGUUACUCUUGGAUCCACUCAGAACCUCGCAAACAUGGCAACCAGGUGGGGGAUCUGCAGCGCCGGCAAGAUCAGUCAUGACUUCAUGGUGGCCAUGAAAACACUUCCACCUGAAGACCACCAGGCUGUGGCUGUGGCUGCCCGCAGCUUAGAUGAUGCUAAGAAGUUUGCCAAAACACACAAUAUCCCUCGGGCGUAUGGCAGCUAUGAGGAGUUGGCUAAAGAUCCAAACAUCGGUUCGUAUAAUAAGAAAAAUUGGCUCCAUCAUGUUGUAGUUGGCCUGCGUCCCAAACAUGAUUCUUUGUGUGCAGAUGUAGUAUACAUCGGCACUAUCCAGACCAACCACCUGAGUUCCUGUUUGCUCUUCCUCAACGCCAAGAAGCCCGUUCUGUGCGAAAAGUCCUUGGCCAUGACAACGAAGGAAGUAAAGGAGAUCUUGGCCUGUGCAAAGAAGAACAAUGUCUUCCUCAUGGAGGCCAUUUGGGCCAGAUUCUUCCCAGCCUACCGAGAGAUCCGGCGGCUGAUCGCCCAGGGAGAAAUCGGCGACGUAAGGAUGGUCCGGUCAGAGUUCGGUCUGUCCGUGCUGCCUCUGCCUAGACUGGAGCUAAAAGAACUCGGCGGAGGAGCGCUGCUGGACAUUGGCCUGUACCCGCUGCAGUUCUCCCUCAUGGUGUAUGGCGGAGAAAGGCCCGAGAGCAUCAAAACUGAGGGAGUCAUCCUGGAUACUGGAGUGGAUGAAACCUUGGUGGUGACUUUGAAGUUCUCCAACAACAGGAUGGCCGUGUUCACCAGCUCCUCAGGUCUGCAACUUCACAACGACGCCAUUGUGGUUGGCAGUAAGGGGUUAAUCCGGUUCCCAUCUCACAUGUGGUGCCCUGAGGUCAUGGUGGUGAAUGGGAAAGAAACCAAGUACCCCCUCCCGGAGCCUCACUUGCCACUCAACUUCGUUCACAGCACAGGGUUGCGCUAUGAGGCGGAGGAGGUCAGACAGUGUUUGCUCAAAGGAAUGAAGGAGUGUCCCAUUGUUUCACAUGCAGAUUCUCUGUUGCUGGCUGAAGUCAAAGAGGAGAUUCUUAAACAAGUUGGGGUGACGUAUGACUGAUUUUUGGGGGGGAAAUGCUGGAAGUGGUGUCCAAGAUCAAAAAUUUACCAGUGACAAUUUUGAAACAUGAAAAGAAAGUCUUCCAAAAAUAAAGUACGUACAACAAUGGA